GGACCGUAGUGACUUCCUGCAAUUUGACAGGGGAGCAAAAAAGCCUCUGACAAUAUGAAAAGUGAUGCCUGUCCUAUAAAAAUUGCCCCAGGACGUCUUUCUUUGAACUUUAUGCUGCUAUAUUCCCUGUUGCAAAUUUGCUCAGCAUCCAUGUCAGGAGGAGUUCCAGCUACAAUGUGACCAUCAAGCAAGGAAGGGACACUCUCUUUCCUUUCAGAUUCACCGAAGGGAGAAGCGGCUGUAUCAGCUAAGCGGCAGUCAAGAGCACAGCGAAUUCUUCCUGGCGAUGAGACGCCUGCAUACUCCCUUCCUUGCACUUUUCCUCCUGGCGAACGUAUACCUGAAUCCGUUGGAAAGCCUUCAUCCUUUGUGGCGCAUGAAAAGAACCUGGGCUGUUACCACCCUAGAACUAGUGGAGGAAGACAAGGGCCCUUUCCCAAAAUGUUUUGAAGAGCUCUUCACUGACCACAAAUCAUUUGAUACAGAUGUGAAAUAUGUAGUCAAUCCACAAGGCAUGCAUAUUGGAUUGUUUUCUUUUCAAGAUGACGCCGGGGGUCGCCUAUGUGUGAACCAUCCCAUUGAUCGAGAGACUACUUCCUCGUUCAUGAUACGUUUUGAUGCUGCAAACAAAAUAACUGGGGAACCAAUGGACCAAUCUUUGUUAUUCAAAAUUCAAAUUAGAGACAUAAAUGACAACGCACCCAUGUUUACCGAGAAGGAAUUCAACAUCUCCGUGAAAGAAAACCACAACAGAGAUGAGCCAGUUUACCAAAUCACAGCUACAGAUAAGGAUGAAGAAGGCACUGAAAAUUCUCGAGUGCGGUAUUCCCUUAUUUCUCAGAUGCCAGCCACAAAAGAUCCCGCUUUCUCUGUUGAUUGUCACAAAGGCCUGAUACGAUUUUCAGGAUGCUCACGUUACGAGGAUGCCCGUGCUUUCAAACUUCUGAUCAAGGCAACGGACCACGGAAUUCCAAAACAGUCGUCAACAGCAACAAUUAAUAUUGCUAUACAAGAUGCCAACAACCACCUGCCUGUAUUCUCUAAGGAAAAUUAUCAGCUGGAUAUCCUAGAAGGCAAAACAGCAAGUGAUCUCCUACGCCUGAGCGUGGAAGAUAAAGAUUCUCCCAACACGCCUGCUUGGAGAGCAAAAUACAAGAUAGUGAGAGGAAAUGAAAGAGGGAACUUCAUCAUUAAGACGGACCCUAAGACCAAUGAAGGAGUUUUAAGCAUCAUAAAGCCUUUGAUUUAUGAUGGCACCCCUGAGAAGAGGCUUGUAAUUUCUGUGGAGAAUGAAGAACCCUUUUUUAUAUGUGACAGAGGCCAAGUGCGGAACCCUCCUGUACCCCACAGGAACGUGGCUGUGAAUAUUAUAGUCCUAGACGUGAAUGAUGCCCCUCAGUUUCAUUCUCCUAUCCUUGUUCUUCAUAUAAAAGAAGGUGUUGGACCUGGGACCAAGAUUAGUCAAUACACAGCUAGAGAUCCAGACAGAGUCCCAAAUGCAAUAAGAUAUAAAAUAGCUUUUGACCCAGCGCACUGGGUGACUAUUGAAGAACGUACUGGGAUUUUGACAACGGUGAGAAUACUAGAUCGAGAAUCUUCCUAUGUGAACAACAGCAUUUACACCAUUCUGGUCCAUGCCAUUGAUGAUGGUGUUCCUCCACAAACUGGCACAGGAACCAUCCAGCUUUUCCUGAUUGACAUUAAUGACAAUGUGCCAGUACUAGUUACGUGGUCAGUGGACAUCUGCAACGGAAUAGAAAAAGGCUCAUUCCGAAUUACAGCGGAGGAUGCAGACCUCUCUCCUUACGGGGGGCCUUUUGCAUUCACCUUGACUGAGGUCUCAGAGAACACAAAGGAUGUUUGGAAAUUGGGACAGAACUUCGGAGAUUCAGUUGAACUCUUGAUGCUGAGAGGGCUCCCUCUAGGCAAUCACUUGGUGCCCUUCCGCAUUUCAGACAGGCAGGGGUUUUCUGGGAAUCAGAGCUUGCAAGUCAGGGUGUGUCAUUGCCUGAAUGGGAGCGUAUGUGGCCCAGAAAGAAGUCAACUCUGUGGGGAAACCAUCACUGCAAUUGUGUCUCCAUUCAUGGUGUUGACAGCCGUCUCAGGUGUUCUACUCUGGUAUUACUUCUGUACGACAUCUAAGAAAGGACCUCGCAUCAUCCUAGAUCCGUCAGGCACCCAGUCAUUAAUCAACUACACCGAAGAAAGGCAACAGGAUUUGUCUUCGGAUGUCUCCGAUACUAGGAUUCCUUUUACACCAUUCCCAGAGUAUGCAGUAAUUAACAAAAGAAGCCCUCCACCUAUUGAGGUUGAUCCAGCAGUAAUAGUAACAAAUCCAUCUGGAAACCCCCAUCCUCUGCCAACUACCAUCCCACCACCAGUUAAACCCCUGGAAAAGGGGCCCUCGCAUCCCUCUACAGAUAAAAUGCCCUGGAUUAUAUCAGAUAACAACUGGAUUAUGGAAACGCUUGAUGAAAUCUUGAAUUAUAAGCGCAGCCACAUUGACAACAUAGAGGAUGCCAUAGACUCUUACCCACCUCAUGUUUAUGCUGAAGAGGGGAACUUGGAGCGAAAUGAAUCUUGUUGGUCCCUGCCUUUUGUAGGAGAUGAUAACCUGCCUCCGGAUUUCCUGGAUACAUUAGGGCCUACGUUUACCAGUCUUGGCAAGAUCUGCAGCAAAUGAUUCCAGAAUGCUGAGUUAUUUCCCUGAGAGUGGCCAGGAUCCCCCCAGAUUCUUUUGAACUUGAAUUAUACAGAGAGA